GACUAAACAAGAAAGAUGCUUACUGAGUAAGGUGGGAUCCAACAAGGGUGUAGUACAGAAUGCAACAAUUUAUGAAUUACUUUUUUCUAAGGUAGCUAAACAUAACAACAUUUAAUGAAGAAAGGCAAACUUACCUAUCUGGUAUAUUUGUGAUUCCUGAUGAUUAAUUACUUGAAGAUUAAUACAUUUGAAAUUCACCAGUCUUAGAAAUGGAAGAAAGUGAUGAACCUGAUCAGCCUAUCUCAGCAGGGAGGCAAGAAAUUCGAAAGAGAAGACGACCCAGUCAACCAAUGGUAGAUAAAUCCCAGCAGACCGAAGUGACAGAGAAAAAGAAAAAUUUGCCUAUAUCACAAUCAUCUGGCCCUAAAGCUACCCUUAGUAUUGGUAACAUUCCUGGAAGUAAAGUCAACAGUGAGCCUUUCAGAGUAUCUUCUCAACUUCGGCAAACUUGGACAAAGAGAAAGCAUGUACAGGAUAUGACUGAUAAAUCUCUGCAAACAGACACUAUUGUAGAAGAGAAAAAAGAAGAAAUCAAACCAGUUGGUGAAACAGUGGUACCUGAAGAAAUGCCAGCUGCUCUUGGAGAAGCAGUCCCUGAAUUUUCAGAAAGUGUUCAGGAAGUAGAAAUUCUGACAAGCAGACACUCAAUUCAAUUCAAAAUAGACAGAUCUCAGCAGACCAGUUGUACUGGAGACUGGACAAUGAUGAACAUUCCUCAAAAAGAAACAGUGGACAGAGAACAGCAGACUUACUUUAGUGAAUCAGAAAUAGUGGUAAUUGGUAGGCCAGAUAGCUCUUUUUCAAAGUCAAGUGAAGUUGUGCAGAAACGUAAAUCCUCAGGGAAGAUUUUCAUUAGUGAACAUCCUGAAUUGCAACCCUCAACAAGUAGAGAUGAAGCAAUUAGGCAGGUAGGUAUUAGCAGAUCUUCAUUUAGUCAGCAAAGCAAAAAAGGUAGUUUGGUACCUUUAGAAGAUGAGCAGUACGUUCUAGGUGAGGUCCAGCCUCCCAUUGCAGAGGACGUCUCUGCUGAAGUGCAACCUACACCAGCUGUGGACAUUAUUGCAGGAAAGUCCGCUACUGAACUUCAGCCUCCACAAAUUGAGGAGGCUCCAGCAGAAAAGGGCCCUGCCAAAGUACAGCCAACCCUGGGUAAGGCUCUUUCAGAAGGGCCUCUUGCUGAAGUUCAGUCUCCAAAAGUUGAAGAAGCUCCUGUACAGCCUUUCCCAGAUGAGGAGACUCCUGAAGAAGAGGCCCCUGCUAAAGUAGAGUCUAUCUCUGCUGAAGAGGCUUUUUCAGAAGAGCCUCUAUCAGCUGUGGAGGCCCCUACAGAAGAGGCCUCAGCUGAAGUUCAUUCUCCACUAGCUGAGGAGGUCCCUGCAGAAGAGGCCCCAGCUGAAGUUCAGUCUCCACCAGCUGAAGAGGCCCCUGCAGAGGAGGCCCCAGCUGAAGUUCAUUCUCCACUAGCUGAGGAGGUCCCUGCAGAAGAGGCCCCAGCUGAAGUUCAGUCUCCACCAGCUGAACAGGCCCCUGCAGAGGAGGCCCCAGCUGAAGUUCAGUCUCUACCAGCUGAAGAGGCCCCUGCAGAGGAGGCCCCAGCUGAAGUUCAGUCUCCACCAGCUGAACAGGCCCCUGCAGAAGAGGCCCCAGCUGAAGUUCAUUCUCCACUAGCUGAGGAGGCCCCUGCAGAGGAGGCCCCAGCUGAAGUUCAGUCUCUACCAGCUGAACAGGCCCCUGCAGAGGAGGCCCCAGCUGAAGUUCAGUCUCUACCAGCUGAAGAGGCCCCUGCAGAGGAGGCCCCAGCUGAAGUUCAGUCUCCACCAGCUGAACAGGCCCCUGCAGAAGAGGCCCCAGCUGAAGUUCAUUCUCCACUAGCUGAGGAGAUCCUUGCAGAAGAGGCCCCAGCUGAAGUUCAGUCUCCACCAGCUGAAGAGUCCCCUGCAGAAGAGGCCCCAGCUGAACAUCAGUCUCCACUAGCUGAGGAGUCCCCUGCAGAGGAGGCCACAGCUGAAGCUCAGUCUCCACCAGCUGAACAGGCCCCUGCAGAGGAGGCCCCAGCUGAAGUUCAGUCUCCACCAGCUGAACAGGCCCCUGCAGAAGAGGCCCCAGCUGAAGUUCAUUCUCCACUAGCUGAGGAGGUCCUUGCAGAAGAGGCCCCAGCUGAAGUUCAGUCUCCACCAGCUGAGGAGUCCCCUGCAGAGGAGGCCACAGCUGAAGCUCAGUCUCUACCAGCUGAACAGUCCCCUGCAGAGGAGGCCCCAGCUGAAGUUCAGUCUCUACCAGCUGAGGAGGCCCCUGCAGAGGAGGCCCCAGCUGAAAAUCAGUCUCCACCAGCUGAGGAGACCCCUACAGAGGAGGCCUCAGCUGAAGUUCAGUCUCUACCAGCUGAGGCCCAAGUUGAAGUUUAUUCUCCACCAGCUGAGGAGGCCCCUGUAGAAGAGGCCCGAGCUGAGGUUCAGUUUCCACCAGCUGAGGAGACCCCUGCAGGGGAGGCCCCAGCUGAAGUUCAGUCUCCACCAGCUGAGGAGUCCCCUGCAGAGGAGGCCCCAGCUGAAGUUCAUUCUCCACUAGCUGAGGAGGUCCCUUCAGAAGAGGCUCCAGCUGAAGUUCAGUCCCCACCCGCUGAAGAGGCCCCUGCAGAGGAGGCCCCAUAUGAAGUUCUGGCUCCACCAACUGAGGCCCCAGCUGAAGUUCAGUCUCUACCAGCUGAGGAGGCUCCUGAAGAAAAUACCUCAUAUGAAAUUUGGUCUCCAUCAGCUGAGGAGGCCUCUACUGAACUUCGGUCUCCAUCAACUGAAGACACUACUUUAGAAAUGGUCUCUGUUGACAAACAGUUUCCGGAAGCCAAGGAGGACUUUAUUACACAAAUCUCUGUAGAAAAUGACCUUAUUCCACCAUCUGAACAAACUGCUGCAUAUGAGGCUCUGGUAGACCAUGUGUCUACUGAAUAUCAAAAUGUCCAGACUGAUGUCCCAGGGAUAAAAUUAGAAUCAAAGGUUUUGGAAGAUCAGCAAAAACUCGAAGAGCCUUUGGAACUGGAUCCUGUCCCUGAAGAUUUGUCUAAUAUCAAGAAAGAACAGGUUCCUACCUUUGAAAUAGAGGGUGUCAUCCAUGUACAACUAGAAUAGAGGCCUCUUCCUCAGCUCUAAUUAGCUCUUAACUAAGCUAGCAAUCAGAAGCUACAGGCUUCUGGACAUACACACUUAAGAAAAGUAUAGGUAUCUGGAAGUAAAUACCUAAAAGGAAAUCCCAAGAUGUGGACUGCUGGCUGGAAAAUGAACAAUAAAAACUAGUGGUUUAA